AUGUCCUUGAAGCAUGAACAAGUCCCCGUGGCAGGCGUAGAAGAUGCUCAGAGGCGUGUAGUUGGAAAGGCGGCUGGAGAGGCGGGCGGCAGUGAGAGUGGGGAAUUGCCUGCCAGUUCAGCCUGGCUCCUCCUCAGAGACCACCCCUCAACCUGUCCCCUCCCACUUUCCUGGCCUGCGCUCCCGCCCCCGCCCUCGACCCCGCCCUCGACCCCGCCCCCGCCCCCGCCCUCGCCCUCUCGGGACAGACCUCACCUCAGCCCGUGGUCUCCGCGCCCGCGCCGGGGACGCUGCGGACCGCUCGGCGUGCGACGGUUCUGGCUUCCCGGCCUGCGCCUCUGGGCUCCCGCCCGCUGCCACCCGCGCCAGGACCAAAGGCCGGGACGAGGAGGAGGAGGAGAAGGAGGGGGAGUGCAGGGUCUGGGUCGGGGAGACGCUCACGCCGGGAACUCACUCGGGCCCGCGGCUGCGCGCCACCACCAGGGUCACUGUGAGGCAACCCUGACUGACAUAGCCCCUCCCAACGCUAUGUCCACAAUCUGCUCUCAGCUGUGUUUCCAAACAACGAAAAGGUCAGCCCAUUACUGUCUUAUUCGGGAACCUAUGGUGAUUCCAGGUGCCUCUGAGAAAGUGAAAAAUCUCCCUUGGGCUUUCAUUUUGCCCUAUGAAGGUGAAUGUUCAUAGCAGCUUUAUUCAUAACAACCCCAAACUGGAAACAAUGUAAAUGCCUAUUAACAAGUGAAUGGAUAAAAAGCAUUAUGGCAUAUCCUUACAUUGGAACACAACUACUAGUAAAAAGUAACACACUAUUUAUUCACAGAAGAUGUAUGACUAUCACAAGCAGUAUGCUGAAUAAAAGAAGUCAGACACAAAGGGCAAAAUUAAUUUAUAAUGGCAGUAAGCAUAUUAAUGACUAACCAGGACAGGGUGUGUUUGGGGAGAUUUGUUGACUGUAACAAGGGAAUUUCGGGGGAACAUAGAAAUGUUCUGUAUAUUGAUUGUUUAUACAAGUGUAUAUAUUUGUCCAAAUUUAUCAAAGUGCUCCCUUAAAAC